ACAGUCUGUGACGUCAAGCAAGCGAGCGUGAGAGCUCGCUGUGAAUUGGGAGGAAGAACCCGGAAGUGCUCAAUUGCUCCCCCAGUUCGUCGAUGUUUUUCGACGGUUGCCGACGACGAUGGACUCGACAACCCGCAGCGAGCAACCUCGGGUCGGCGACGCCGACAACACCACCACGACGGCGGCGAGCGGGGAAGGAGAUGCCGGUGGUGCGACGAAGCUGACGAACGUCAAGAAGAAAAAAAAGAAAACGACGAACAGGGGGAGGAGAAGGAGGAAGAAGAAGAAGAUGCCGCCGUCGUUGCACCAUCACCAGCAGAACCCCCCGAGAAGCCCCCCCUCGUCCAACCACCACCACCGCAAUAACAACAACAACCCGCAGCAGCAGAGCACCGGCCUAUCCGCUUCGGGGCAGCCCGGUCGGACGUCAGCCGUCAUUACCAAAAAAGAGCUGCUGAGGUCCAAAUGCGGUUGGCUGGAGCGAGGAUCCGCGCAGCCGGCUUGUUCGGCGACCCGCAUGCUUCUGAAACAAGAGCAACUCAACAUCGCCCAGCGACAUAACCCGGACUGUGGCCAGGCCCCACGCAAGAAGAGGGGCAGCAACGUUCCCAACACCAAGAACGCGGCCGAGCGCCUCAAAGAACACGAUGGCGAGAAAGUCUACGCCGGCGCCAGGUUUAGUGAGCCGCCCUCGCCAAGCAUCCUGCCCAAACCCCCCAGCCACUGGGUCCGGAAGAACCAGAGUCCAAAACUCAAAAGUCGAGAACUAUCGAGCAACCACCUUAAGUCGCUUCUGCAGGUUGAAAGUCAAGCGUGACCGCAAAGUUGAAUCACAGGGCGAGUUUAGCUUAUGCCGUAACGGUGGAGCUGAAAUUUAGCCGCCUGUUCCUUGCUGACAGCCGUUGCCGCUUCAGGCCCUUCGAUAAUUUGACGAUACACCAAAGUUAAGGUUCGAUGUGUAUCUCGAUAAUUUUUAGCGUAAAAUAUCCAGUAAAUACCCUCACUACAUUUUAUCUAUUUAUUGAAAAAAAAAUCUGAUUUCUAAAACAAAUACUAUAUUUAUAAUAUGUCAGUUUUUCCAGCGCACCAAAUAUCAGCUCAGUACUUUGCUGUCCAUCAUGACCAACAUUAAAAUUUAAGAAAGAAAUAUAGUAUAUAGAUUGAGUAGAAGU